UUAAAAGUGGGAUAUUUGAAUUUAAACAGGCCAGAGUCGCCGCCGCUGAGGAGAAUCGUUUAGUCCUGUCUAGUUUUAAAUCUAUUUAUUAAUGAAUUCUCUCGAUAUUAAUUUCCACACACGGCUGGUUUAGUGAAUGGUCGCGGAUUAUUAACACUGCGAGGGGGAAAUUAUCGCGUUUGUGUCCGGUUUGUGGAGGAUUUGUGGUUUGGAAUCGGCUGUUGGAGAAUAUGGAAACCGCUGCCAGAAUCAAAUCGAGCAAAGACGUCAAGAUUCAGCGACCUGAAAAUGAGAAGGUUUCUGCCGUCGGACCAAAGCGUGUUCCGGUGACCCAGAGCGCUCAAAAGCCCGCGCCGACGCCUCACGCGCGUGUUCUUGGCACGGCACAGGGACCGCAGCGUGUCCAGCGUCCCGCGAGUCAGCAGAAGCCGGUAGGAGCCCAAGUUCCUGUAAAAUCCUCGUGUCCUGGGGACCAGAACAUCAAUCCGGAUCAGCUCAAAACAUCACAGAGCAAACCGCAGCCAAAGCCGGUUCCUGUAGCUGAGCCUACAAAAACUAGUGAACCCAGCAAACAGGACAGACCUCAGCAAACUAUUUCCAAUGGGUCAUCCAAUUCUGCUAAGAAAGCGUGGAGUUUAGAGAAUUUUGACAUAGGCCGAGCUCUGGGCAAAGGCAAGUUUGGGAGCGUGUAUCUGGCCAGGGAACGGCAGACCAAGUUCAUCCUGGCGCUCAAAGUUCUGUUCAAAAAGCAGCUGGAGAAAGCCGGAGUGGAGCACCAACUGCGGAGGGAGGUGGAGAUCCAGUCACAUCUCAGACAUCCCAAUAUCCUGCGCCUGUACGGUUAUUUCCACGACACGGCACGCGUUUAUCUCAUUCUGGAGUUUGCUCCUAAAGGAGAGCUGUACGGGGAGCUCCAGCGCUGCGGGACGUUCAAUGACCAGCGAAGUGCCACGUACAUCAUGGAGCUUGCAGAUGCUCUGAGCUACUGCCACUCAAAGAAUGUGAUCCACAGAGACAUUAAACCUGAAAACCUGCUACUGGGGGCAAAUGGAGAGCUGAAGAUCGCAGACUUUGGAUGGUCCGUCCACACGCCCUCCUCCAGGAGGUCAACGCUGUGCGGUACUCUGGACUAUCUUCCUCCAGAGAUGAUUGAGGGCAAAACGCACGAUGAGAAGGUCGAUCUGUGGAGUCUUGGCGUGCUCUGCUAUGAGUUUCUGGUUGGCCGUCCACCUUUUGAAACAAAGAGCCAUGAGGAGACGUACCGCAAGAUUUCAAGAGUUGAGUUCACUUAUCCAGCUCAUGUGAGCGAGGGCAGCAGAGAUUUGAUAAACAGACUGCUGAAGCACAACCCAAUGCACCGGCUCCCAAUCCAGGGCGUCAUGGUGCACCCUUGGGUGGUGGAAAACUCGACCAAACAACCAACCGCUCGCACACCAGCCAGCAACUAAGGACUAAAUUCACUCUUCAUAUGUGAACUUGUGGAACGAAACGAACUGAUGUGGCAGUAAUUCGUCUCUGAUCUUUGCUGCCGCUCCUGGCCGUAACUUUAUGAUUUGUAUGUUGUUUUUACGUGUUGUGCUGUUCACACGCUACAAUUUACAUCCAUUUGUAAAUAUGUAAUUAAGACACAAAUUGUAAAGUUUUAACCAUUACUUGAAACAAUAAAUGUCAUUUUAUUAUAACUUGUGAGGAUAUAGAACAUUUUAAUGUAUUUUGCUUUUUGUCUUUGUUUGGGAAUAAAUUCCUGUAAGAUAAACCAA